CACCCUCUCUUCGGCCUCUGCCACGGGUCUUCCUCACCAUUCAACCCACCAUCUCAGAAUAACCAACGAGCCUUCUUCUAACCGAUUACGAGACAUGGCCGACUUUGCAUCCGCUCUCGAGGGCGUUCCUGACGAGGCAGUGGAAGUGAACCAGAGGGCAUUGAUCGAUAAGGUGCUUGCAAGAUAUUCUGGCGAAAAUACCGUCUUCAGGGAACUUCUUCAGAAUGCCGACGAUGCUUCGGCUAGCUCAGUCGAAAUAAAGUUUCUAUCAAGUAUUACCACCACCUCAAAUUCAACCCAACCUAUAGACAGCCAGCCAAUCACUCAAUCCUCUAGUGCUGCUAGUUCAUCAUCAACCUUACCUGACCUGACUACUAAAAAGAUUUCCAGAGUCCUCGUCAGGAAUAAUGGGAUUCCAUUUCGUGAUCAAGAUUGGGCACGACUGAGAAAAAUCGCUGAAGGAAACCCAGAUGAAUCAAAAAUUGGCGCAUUCGGUGUUGGUUUCUACGCACUAUGGUCAAUAUGUGAUUCCCCAAUCGUCUUGUCGGGACCUUCAAUCAUGGGCUUUAACUGGAGUACCAAGAACCCUGACCAAUUGGUCACCCGUCGAGGUAUCAACCCAAGCCCUUCGGAAUGGACCUCAUUUAUCAUGGACGUUCGAUCUCCCUCCCCAAUGCCACCCCCGUUCGAGUUUUCAAGAUUCUUGGCGACCAGCUUAGCAUUCACCACCCAAAUUAGAUCAGUUAGCUUAUAUUUUGACGACCAUCUGAUGUGCAAGCUAGACAAGAAACUCGCCCCACCUCAGAUCUUAUCGACCCCUUCAAAUAUCACGCUGUCUACCUCAUCCUCAAUGAUGAAGAUACAAUCGGUCGAGCAAACUAGCGUCCAGAUCGAUACUGAUAUCCUCAAAUGGACCCUUCAAUAUUCCAAACCCAAGUCUAAACUAGCAAUCAAGAAUGCUGCCGUGGCCGCUGCCACCUCAACAUCUUCCUUUGCCUCGAGGAUGUUGUCUGCCUUUACCAAAACCUCUUCAUCGGCGCCUACUCCUUCUUCAACAAGUCCCUCAACCCCCAUGGAUUUAUCAUCAGAACCUUCAAGCCAACUGUCCAGCUUAAAGGCCUCUGUCUUCCUACGAGUCGUCACUGGUAACAUCAACGUCUCGAUCCCAUCCGCUUUCAGAGCCGAGCUCGAGAGAGCUACCAAGAAGCCACCGCCCAAAAAGACUCAAUAUGCCUUGAUUUGGACUAAUAAGGAUGAAUUUGAUGCUGGGAAGGACUUGAGCAGCUCAAAAUCCGGACUUUCGAAACUGUUGAGCGGAGAUGAAACCGCGCGUGCAGUAUUUGAUGGUCUGAUCUCUGACCUGGAUGUUCAAGGUCGAGUUUUCAUUGGUUUCCCAACACAUCAAACCACUGGAUUCUCCGGCUCCGUGGCCGCUAGGUUCAUCCCAACCGUUGAACGGGAGUCGUUAGAUUUACAAGCAAAAUAUGUUGCCGAUUGGAAUAAGGAGUUACUCGCAAUUGGGGGCAUUUUGGCAAGGGUAGUUUACGAGGGAGAAUUGAAGGAAAUUGAAGGCCUGUGGAAGAAAACUGAAGACGAAUCCAAACGGAGUCAGCUAACUCUACGGGCGUUACAUGCUAUGCAAUUCUUCUCAUUUUAUGCGUCGACUCCCGCCGGCACGGUAUCCUUCGAGUCGGAAGAAAGUUUUUUCCGCUGCGAUCGUCAGCAUACUCUGACAGUCCCAUCGACCCUUGGACCAAUGCCGGCUAACCAAGUCCGGCUGCCCAAUACGGAAUUGAGUGGAUUUAUCAAAAAUGUACCAUUAUUACCCAACGAAGUCUCCAAGGAUGGACAUUUACUGAUCGGCAAGCUACGCAGUCGCCGGAUGAUUUCAGAGAUCACACUUGAGGACGUGUUUAAAGAAUUGGAAGGCAGGGUGCUUAGUGUCGAAGAGAUGCGGGAGUGCUUGAAUUGGUGGAUCAGUCUGACUGGCAUCCAGGGCUAUGAUAGGUCACUCUUGAAGAGGUUUCAGAGAUGCGCAGUUUUCAAAUACCAAGCCCCGGAUUCCAUUCAGCAUGCUCCUAAGGAACAAUCAGAUACAAUCAUGUCUCUCAGCGAAGCCUCGACGUUUAUUAAUAUCAAAUUGAUACCCACUGACGUGCCGCUCCCGGCCCACUGUCUGCCAUUUUGUUUGACGAAAUCUAUCAACUCUGAAGCAUUGAAACGGGUAUUUGGAUUCCGGGAACUGACGAUCUUGGAAUUCACUACCCACCUCUUCUCGCCAGAGCUCAAGGGUGUCGAUCGGAUUACUGAAUCUCCACCGUUAGCCGAACAACUGCUCAACAUUCUCUGCAAAGCUUGGACAAGUUUAUCCAACGAUCAGAGAGCCGAGAUUAGUGCUUAUCUAAGCGACAAAGUCUUUAUUCCUACUCGCCAUGGAAUGCGGAAACCUUCUGAUGCUUACCAUUCAAACGUCACCCUGUUUCAAGAUUUGGCUGUUGUCUGCUUACCCAGUGGGACUCCAGUCAAAGGCCUAAUGCAUAAAGUUUUAUCUGAGAUUGGGCUCAGGAUGCAUGUAGAACUACAAAUGGUUUUCUCGAGGUUACUGGGAAGCGGUGAAUGGAACCAUGCAGACUUGGUGAAGUACUUGGUCAGCGUCAAAGAUAUCCUAACGGAUACGGAGGUUGACAAACUAAGACAAACCAGCUGGCUUCCAAAGGAAGGCGAGCCCAAAGCUAUACCGCCUCCAGGACCGGAUGGACAAGCACUGAAGCCGAAGACGAAAAGGUACUCUGCCAGCCAAUUAUACGAGCCUUCAGUUGCUAAUCAAGAACUCCAGUUACCCUUGGUCGAAUGGCCCGGAAAGUGGCGCUCGACGUCGGAGGAAGCCAAACUGCUGUUUUUCUUGGGCUUGAACAAGAUGCCAAGUGUCGAUGCCUUGUUGGACCUUGCCGCCAAUCCAAAAGAUGUUCAGUUGAGGGAGAAAGCCCUCCAAUUUUUCCUUGAACAUUUUGCCGAUUACCGGGCCGUCUAUCGUCCAAAUUCUGAGAUGCCGGCCUUCGUACCUUGUGAUGGCGGACUGUUCAAACCUGGUGAUGCUUACUCCAACCCAGAAGCUGCGGUGAUGGGCUUCAAUGUGCUCCAGAAUAAAUACCUUGCUGAUUAUCAAAAGUUUGGUCUCAAGCAAAAUCCGGAUCCACAACAGCUGUUAGAUCGACUACUACAGCAUCCGCCGUCUGAUACUAAGAAGGCUAAAGCCGUGUUCGAGUAUCUCUCUACCCGAGUUGCAGACUUCUCCCAGUCACAACUUCAGACUUUGAAGCAGGCCAAAUUCGUUCCAAUUUCUGGCAAAGAAACCACCCAUGUUGGACCGGGUGGAUGCUUUUUCCAAUCGGCAGAUUCCACGAACCAGGGGCCCUUUAAAAGUCUUUUUACCUACAUCGACUUUGGUCCGAGUGCGCGUCCGUUUCUGUUAGCAUGUGGAGUCAAGAACGAGCCGACGGUCCAAGAAAUCGCACAGAUGCUCAUCGCCGAUCCUGCCAAGUUUUACGCCCUGGCCGGCUCGGCUGAGGAGUAUCUGCAAGUCCUAAGAAACAUCGCCGCUAAUGUCCAUCUCCUGGGCCACGGUCUCAAAAAGGCCAUGCAACGCUCAGCCUUCAUUCUCGGAUCGAGAAGAGUCGCUUCUUCAUCAUCAAGUUCGGGUGUGGCGACCAAAGCACCGGCCUUCGAAGACGAGGACGAUGAGAUCGAAGCUGGCCAACCAUUUGUCCAUGUUUUGGCACUUCCAGGUGAUGUGGUCAUCAUCGAUGACUCACACUCAUAUUCUCAAUUUACAACCAUCAUUAUUGCAUGCCCACAAGAGGAAGUAUUCGAACAAUUAGCCGAGUCGUUGGGUGCACCAAGACUAACUCAACUGGUGAAAGAAUCUUUUCGAAUCCAACGAUCCGUUCCUGAACAGACCGAAAGAUCAGAAGAGAUCCGAAGAUUACUGAUCGAGCGGACGGCGCUUUUUCUUCACGAGCGACAAACAGGCGCGCGUGAUGAUGUGAUCAGGGAUGCGGAAUGGCUGAAGCGUCAUUUGACUGUCAAAUCGGUCGAGCAGGUCUCCCUACAACGUCAACUGGUCUACCUCGGUAAACCUCAUUCGAGUGUCCUGGAAUCUACCGCGGCUGCUUCUAUGGAAGGCCGGAACUCGAUGGUCUUGUACUUAGUUAGGAAGGGUGAGAUCGAUUGGUUCGAGCUCGCCAGUUCGAUUUGUAAAUUGAUCCUAGCGCAUCAAAAACUAAGUGAUUCUUUGUUCUUCAUGACCAUCCUACAAACCAGUUUGAAGAAUCUCAAAAGGCGAGGGGUGAAUGUAGAUCGGAUUAUCAAUGCACGGAAAGCAGAGCGAGAUGCUGUGUUACAGCGAGCACGAGAAGCCAAGCUGCAACGACAACUGGAUGAUGCGAAUGCGCUAACUCCGGAGCAACUGGAGAGCCAUGCCAAGGGGCUAGAGGAGCGCUUCCCGGAUGCUGAUCCAGGGUUUAUUCGGAAGGCGCUCUCUGCCGAGAAGGAAGAUCAUAGAAAGCGGGUCGAGGAGAAAUUCGCACAUGGUGCUUACGAGCGACGGCCAGUCGUCCCAUCCCCUCUGCCGCCUCCCCAAAUGCCUCCCAUCUCUCAGAGACAGAGCGGAAUCUUUAGCGCCUUGCGUCGGAAAAUAUUGAAUGACAAUAGCUCCAAUGACCCUCCUCCUUACUCUCCUCUCUCUGUGGCUCCUUCAGCCCCAGUUCAUUCACCCAUUUCCUCUCAAUCGAUCUCCCAAGAAUCCCAAAUCACAAAGCAACCUGCGAUCAAGCCACCGAUACAAAUAACACCGAUGUCGGAUAUACGAAGCAACUUACUCAAAGCAAUCAACGUGUCCAGACCAGACACGAACGCAGACAUUCGGACGCUUCCGGAUACCAAACCGGUGAAAGAGUCCGAGGCCAGCUACUGCGACCCCAAAGGUAGCAGGGAAGACCUUACCUUCUUAAGCACAAUCUCCGGCUUGAGGUUCUACGUCUCCCGGUCGAUCAAUCAACAUAACCUCAACGGCGAAUUGGUCUUGUUUCAAUUCGGCGACGCCAUCGUUCGUUAUGUCGAGCUCGUCGUUAAACCUGUUGGCGAAAUCUUCGACAUCGAUCCAAAUAGCUUGCACAUCUUCUAUGAUUUGGAAGGUCCUAUUAUCGCAUUCAAUCGGAAUGGAAGCUUGUUCUUUAAUUUGAGAUAUUAUUUAUCGUGGUAUGACGAGGAAGUGAAAAAAGGAAACCUAUCGAAUGCUCUCAUCGGUACUUUUUCGACCUUUGCUCAUGAACUGGCUCAUAACUUGGUUGAAGCGCAUAACUCUGAACACGAAUGGUGGAUGAGUGCUUUUAUCGAACAAUAUUUCUUAAAAGUUUCGAAAUAUAUCAUUUCCAAUCAAUCUGCCAAUAACAACCUUCAAGGUGGUAACAGUAGUACUACUCAAUCUGGCUCAUUGAUUUAAAAUCUAGUUUACACACAUCCUUGGAUUCGCAUCUACCUGCUUUCUUUUCUCUUUAAUCAUCUGCACUUGUAUUACCUAUCUCUCCAUCCUUGCUGUUCCUCUCUGCUCUUGAUUACCAUGUUUCAUAAGCUUCAUUCUAAUCAACAUAAAUCCUGUUUGUAAUUGUAAUACUCCAUAGUGAAUUGUUGUGUAAGUUGUAUUGAAUCAUGGACAUCAUUUUCAUUGAAAUGUAGAUGCCUGCGACAUCAGGAAGGAUGAUGUUUGAGCCUUG